UAGAGUGUUUCCGUACACACAGUGGACACGUCAUGCUAGCGGAACACUAAAAUCAUCUGCUCGUGUUUUCAGCUUCUUAAUUUUGAGGUUCAAGCUGACGGACAAAGAUGAGGCUGCUCUGUAUAUUUGCUCUGGUUGCUGUGGUGGGUCUGGUGGCAGGAGAAGAAGGGGCACGUCUGUUGGCCUCGAAGUCCCUGCUUAACCGAUAUGCUGUAGAGGGACGAGACCUUACCCUGCAGUACAACAUCUACAAUGUGGGCACCAGUGCUGCGCUAGAGGUUGAGCUGUCCGAUGACUCGUUCCCCCCUGAAGAUUUCGGAAUUGUCUCUGGAAUGCUCAAUGUGAAAUGGGAUCGUAUUGCUCCUGCUAGUAAUGUUUCUCACACAGUGGUUCUGCGGCCUCUGAAAGCUGGAUACUUCAACUUCACCUCUGCUUCCGUUAGUUAUCUGGCCCAGGAGGGUGGACAGGUCGUGGUUGGUUACACAAGUGCUCCAGGUCAGGGAGGCAUCCUGGCCCAAAGAGAGUUUGACAGACGCUUUUCUCCACAUUAUCUGGACUGGGCAGCUUUUGGUGUCAUGACCCUUCCCUCCAUUGGCAUUCCUCUGCUCUUGUGGUACUCCAGCAAGAGGAAGUACGACUCCCAGAAGAGCAAAAAGAACUGAGUAAUCUAAUACAGGAUAAAAACAGAUCAGGGAUCAUUGUGGUAAUGGAAGGAGGGAGGAAUGGAAGUGCAUUAUGGUGGGCGGGAGUUGAGGUUUUUUUUUUUUUUUUUAGUAAAUGAAUUACCCAUAUUGGGGUAAAUGGUCAGUGAAUUAAUCUGCUUUUAAGUGAGGUUGGUCUUCAUCAGAAAUUGAGGAAUAAGCAUCAAGUAGGAGGAUCACCAACUGCUUUUGACAUUAAAGUGGCCAUUCCAGGGUGGCUUCAGGUGCACCAUCUUUUUUUUUUUUUUUUUUUGUAAUGAUUGUCAAAUGCUUGGUGCUCAAAUGUUAAACAGAACUGUACAGUCCUUCAUGAUCAAUGUGGGGCUUGUUUGUGGAAAUAAAAGAGAGAUUUAUAGA